GUUGGAAUAUGUAACAGGGGGUUUUUAACCCAUUGAAUCAAUAUAUAUUUACUCAUCGGAAUUUCAACGAGUUGUUCAGUCCAUAGACUAGAGUUAACUCUCUGGUUCUAAAUCCGAAAGCACGCCGCUGGAGAUUGGCUUCAGGCUGUUGAUUUUCUGAAAAUGAAGCUUCCUUAUGAAUUAAUGGAGAAUGAAAUACUAUUGCGCCUACCCGUUAAAUAUCUCCUUCGUUUUCGAUGUGUGUCGAAAGAAUGGUGUCGUUUAAUUGAUAGCAAUGAAUUUGGUAAGAAGCAUUGGAGAAGAAUGAUUGAGUGCAAUAAGCGUAGUGUCAUUUUCAGUGGUUAUGAUGUUGGAAAGUUUUACUUGGCGGAUUUCGAGGCUUUGGAUGGUGGUGGUGAUGCUGUAGAAAUUAAUGGUCCACUUGGGGCUCUUGUCUCCGGUGCUGUAUUUUUCGGUGCUGCAAAUGGAUUAGUUUGUGUGGCGAAGGAUAUGAUGAAUGAGCUUUUUAUAUUUAAUCCGUCAACCAGGAAGGGUAGAAAGAUACCCAGUGCGCCAGCUGAUUUUCCGCGUUCUCGUGAUUCAUCUGAGUUUGUGCAGUGUGGUUUUGGAUAUGAUCAUGUUAAUGAUGAUUACAAGAUUGUUAAGAUAGGAGAAUCUUGUUUUCGGUUUUCUGGCAUGAAGGUCAUAGUCUACAGCCUCAAAUCUGAUUCCUGGAAACGGAUUCAAGAUGUUCCGAGUAACGUUCAGUUGAUAGGGGAUCGAGGCAUAUUUGCAAAUGGAGCUCUGCAUUGGUUUGCUGUCAAAGAUCCAGCAAACUUCUCUGAAGACUUUGUUAGUUUUGAUCUAGGUCUUGAACAGUUUAAAGAAGUCCCUUUACCUCCCAACGCGACACCUAGAAGGAGUAUGUUUCCUGUUGAAGAAUCCCUUGGAAUACUAUAUAAGUAUCGUGGUUCUCGUGUUGACUUGUGGCUGAUGAAUACUUCCGGGGCGGGAGAUCUUUGGUCCAAAGCACUUUCACUGAAGCAGCCUGGCCCACUUGGAUCUUUUACCUAUUUUAGACCUAUUACUUUUUCCGAGAGCCGCAAAAGUGUACUUCUAGAGGUGGACAGCACAAAACUUGUGUGGUAUGAAAUUAAUAGGAAGGCAGCUAAACAUGUUUGGAUUCGUGGAAUUCCAAUCAAUUUUGAGUCUUAUCUAUACACUGAGAGUCUUUUACAGUUCACCAACGAUAAUCAGGAUAAGCCGUUGCAGAAGCCAUCUCAAGACAAUCAGGACAAGAAACAACAUAAGAACAGAGAUGAUUUCCUUUCCAAGGGAUUCAAACUAAGGAUGUAAGUACUUGGACGAUUAACAUCUGAUGGAGUAGCAACACAAGGAAUGCUUUGACCUGAGCUAUGGAUAUAUUGAUGUUCUUGUCAAUGUUUAUCUGCCCCUCUUAUUUAGUAUGUUAAGUUAGUGGUUCCCAGGUUUUCUGUAACAAGUAAACUCUUCGUUAAAGUAUUGGCAGGAAGCAACAGAUGCUGUGAUUUAGAUGUUAUCGUCUUUUUCCUUUUCUGGUUUUUGUGUAACUAAAAUGAUCAAUGCCAUUAGUAUAUAUUCUGAAUCUGGACAGAAUUAGUUUCUUCA